UGAAAAAAAAAAAAAAAAGCAAACAUAACAUAGAUUCCUUAUUAUCUGCUUCAUUAUUGUUUUCCAAUAACAAGUACCACAAACAAUGUUAACUCCUUGUUCUUUAUUUUCUCAAUCACCACCACCACCACCUUCAAUAUCCAAAUUCAUCUCUGACCAACCAUGUCUCACCAUGCUCCAAAACCACUGCACCACCCUCAAACACUUCCAUAUGAUUUACCCUCACAUCAUCAAAACUGGCCUUACUCAUAACCCCAUAGCUUCCACCCGUGUCCUCACCUUCUGUGCCUCUCCAUCUGGCAACAUCAACUAUGCUUACAAACUGUUCGCCAGAAUGCCAAACCCAAAUCUCUAUUCUUGGAACACAAUUAUCAGAGCUUUCUCUAGAAGCUCAACCCCACAAUUUGCUAUAUCACUUUUUGUUGACAUGUUGUAUUCUCAAAUUCAACCUCAACAUUUGACUUACCCUUCUGUUUUCAAAGCCUAUGCUCAAUUGAGUGCUGGAGAUUAUGGGUCUCAGCUUCAUGGCAUGGUUGUGAAAUUGGGUCUUCAAAGGGAUCAAUUUAUUCAUAAUACUAUUAUAUAUAUGUAUGCUAAUAGUGGACUGUUGAGUGAAGCUAAAAGAGUUUUUGAUGAAAAAUUGGAACUUGGUGAUGUGGUAGCUUUCAAUUCAAUGAUUAUGGGUUUUGCUAAGUGUGGGGAGAUUGAUGAAGCUAGGAAGCUGUUUGAUGAAAUGUUCACUAGAACUUCAGUUACUUGGAAUUCUAUGAUUAGUGGAUAUGUUAGGAAUGGAAAGUUAAUGGAGGCAUUAGAACUUUUUCACAAGAUGCAACUAGAGGAAAGGGUUGAGCCGAGUGAGUUUACAAUGGUGAGUUUGUUAAAUGCUUGUGCUCAUUUAGGAGCACUUCAACAUGGGAAAUGGGUUCAUGAUUAUAUAAAAAGGAAUGAUUUUGAGUUGAAUGUCAUUGUUCUCACAGCAAUAAUUGAUAUGUAUUGCAAGUGUGGGUCUGUUGAAAAUGCUAUUCAAGUGUUUGAUACAUACCCCGGAAGAGGAUUAUCAUGUUGGAACUCCAUUAUAAUUGGACUAGCCAUGAAUGGUCAUGAAAGAGAAGCUUUUGAGUUCUUCUCUGAGCUUGAACUUUCGAAAUUUAAGCCGGAUUCUGUAAGUUUCAUUGGUGUUUUAACUGCUUGUAAACAUUUAGGAGCAGUUGAUAAAGCAAAGGACUAUUUUGCAUUGAUGAUGAAUGAGUAUAAGAUUGAACCAUCAAUAAAACACUACACUUGCAUGGUUGAAGUGCUAGGUCAAGCUGCAUUUCUAGAAGAAGCUGAAGAACUCAUACAGGGUAUGCCUAUUAAGCCAGAUGCCAUUAUAUGGGGAUCUUUGCUUUCAUCUUGUAGGAAGCAUGGAAAUGUACAGAGAGCGAAACGGGCUGCACAAAGAGUUUAUGAGUUAAAUCCUAGUGAUGCUAGUGGUUAUGUACUUAUGUCUAAUGUUUAUGCUGCAUCCAACAAAUUUGAAGAGGCAGUGGAACAAAGGGUUUUGAUGAAGGAAAACUUGACAGAGAAAGAACCGGGUUGCAGUUCAAUUGAAUUAUAUGGAGAAGUUCAUGAGUUUCUAGCUGGGGGAAGGCUGCAUCCUAAGACUCAAGAGAUCUACCAUUUAUUGAAUGACUCCAGUUUUUCACUUCAAGAUUGAUUAUCUGUGAAAUGAUGAACUUGUGAAGUUUUAACAUCAACCUGUAUAUAGAAAUAGUAGAUUUAACAUAGAGAAGAAUUACAAUAUACAUUAGAAUCACACAAUCUAAAUAUCCAAUUUGCUUGUUAAUACAUGCAUGUUUUGCUUUUUGGCGUUUGAACGUCAAAUGCUCCAAAUAUGAUAUCCAACUAAGAAAAGUAGACUUAAAGGUUUUUAAAAUCAUAGCACUUAUUAAUUUGUUUAAUCAAUUGAUAAUAGUAGUACAACAGAAUAAGCAUAUGAUCUUGUUUAGCAAUGUCAACUUUCUUAUACCCUUGCUUGUAUAAGAAUCUGGUGACAUUAUAGCUAUCAUAUAGUGUAAUUUUUGAAUGAGACAACAACUACUAACAAAUAGUAUGCUAAGUUUCAGGUUUUUGACAAGUUUCGCCCUGGUGCCCAGGAGUAAAUCUCAGGAGGCAUUGCACCAUUCAUGAGGAGGUUCUGCGGCAUUGCAUAUAAGUCAGAGAUAUCGAGAUGAUGCGUGCGUCCAUUUUGGUAAUGCUGAUUCUGCAUUGCAGCAGCAAGUUCAUCGUCUUCCAGCGGCAGACGAUCGAAAGUGGCGUGCAUGAAUGACGCAGCCAUGAUCACAACAGGUCCUGAAGCAAUCAAAGCACCAACCACAGCACCUCCAACAACUUGUCCUUGAGCACCUGCUAAAUAAAUUGUCAAACCAGUGAUUCCUGGUGGUGCUGGUGGGGGGAGAAUCGACCCCAACAACGAGAGAAUCUCGAAUCGACCAUGAAGAGUCACAAUGGCACCAGAUGAAGCCGGUUGGCGCAGCGUUACAUUUGUCACACAACCAGUGCCAUUAAGUAUGCAAAGACCACGUUGCUUUCUCCUUGCGAAGUUUAACAAACUCUCAUUCACAUCACAGCCAGAACUCACUUCCAUAGCAUGAGCUUUAAGUGCAUUAGCACUAUCUCUAGUGACAAUAAUUGGCGGCUUAGGCUUGUUUUUGGAACCUGCUGGGCGUCCGCGUGGCCGCUUUAAGGUUUCCCCCUCGGCUGCAGAAGAAACUGGUGAAACAGAUUUUGGAACUUUAGGAGAUAUUAAUGUAACAUCAAUACCAGACAUAUGAUUCUGGUUAUCAUUGUCUUGUUCUUGCUUGUGUUCCAUUUCACCAAACAUAAGAUAGUUUUUGGAUUAAAGGAGCAGCAGUAACAAAGAGUAAAUCGCUCUUUCCUGUUGUUACGUUGAAGGUUUAAGUAGUUGCAUUAUGAGAAUAAAUUUUAUAAGAGCACAAAAGAAUGAUCAGAUAUUAGGAUGGAGUUAAGUUAUACCAACCACACCAUAAA